CCAGCAAGUCUAACAACAUCUGUGGAGAGAGAACAAAAAGGAGUUAACAUUUCGAGUUCAGUGACCCCUCCCCAGGACAGCCCAAAGCUGAAUACGAUUUCGAAAGUGAGUUUACCGCUGGUUAAACGCACCGCUUGCAGCAGAAAACAAAAUUUAACGGCGGGGAUUAGUGAGAGAAAUCAGGCAGCGGCUUUCACAAAGGUGUUCCUGUACCUUGUGGGAAGAACAAGACAUGAGUGAGGCGCAGCUGAACAUUGUGUUUGAGGGGCUGUUAUGGCCCAGCCAUGUUCACUCGGAAGAAAGCCUGAGAUACGCCCGGGAGGAAUUCCAAGUUCGGGACGAUGAUGUUUUUAUUGUCACUUACCCCAAAUCAGGUACCACUUGGCUGCAAGAAAUAUUGCCAUUAGUUUACAGCAACGGGGAUCUGACACCAGUGCACACUGUCCCAAACUGGCAACGUGUUCCAUGGUUAGAGCAAAAGACUGGUAAAUCACUGUUGGAAAACAGACCAUCACCCCGGCUUAUUACAACACAUCUGACUUAUCAUAUGAUGCCAAAAUCCUUCUAUACAUCAAAAGCAAAGGUUGUCUAUGUGUCCCGAAAUCCAAAGGAUGCCCUUGUUUCUUCCUUUCACUAUCACGGUAUGGCCUCAUUUUUGGAGAACCCAGGGACCUUUGAGGAGUUCAUUGACAAAUUCUUGGAGGGAAAGGUAAUGUUUGGUUCCUGGUUUGAUCACAUUAAGAGUUGGUGGCCAAGAAAGGAUCAGGAUAACAUUUUGUUUCUAACUUAUGAAGAACUAUUGCAGGAUAUGCGAAGUGCUUUGUUGAAACUUAAAGAAUUCCUGGGAAAGCCACUCAGUGAUGAUGCCAUUGAGAGAAUUGUGACCCAAACCAAAUUCAACAACAUGAAGCAAAACAAAAUGUCCAACUACAGCUUUGUGCCAGAGGAACUGAUGGAUCAAAAGAAAAGCAACUUUUUACGAAAAGGCAUCGCUGGAGACUGGAAGACCCAUUUCACCACAGCGCAGACUGAACAUUUUAAUUCCGUGUACACCCAAGAAAUGAAAGGAAUAAACUUCCCAUUUUACAAAGACUGAAGAUGUAAGAAUUGAAGUUUAGAAGUGUAAGCUACUUAACUUUCAAUAUCAAUGCUUCUAAAACAUAAUUCUGUUUAACUUGGUGUAUUUUCUAAUCCUGCCUAAUAUUAGUGUAAGACUCCCUGUGCUGAUGAGAGACGGGGAGAAAGUGAGGACUACAGAUGCUGGAGAUCAGAGUUAAAGAGUAUGGUGCUGGAAAAGCACAGCCAAUGAAGAGUGUAUGCUUGAAGCAUUGACUCUGCUGCUCCUCAGAUGCUGGUUGACCGGCUGUGCUUUUCCAGCACCGCAUUCUUCAACUGAGAUAUGUGCCAACUAAACCUUGUAUGGGUGAUUUGGAGGUGCCAGUGUUGGACUGAGGUGGACAAAGUUAAAAAUCACACAAUACCAGGUCUAGUCCAAACAGGGUUAUUUGGAAGCACUAGCUUUCCAGGCACUGCCUCUUCAUCAGGUGGUUGUGGAUCAUGACCAUACGACACAAAAUUUAUAACAAAAGGGUUACAGUGCCAUGGAAUUGUAAUGAUAUAUUAAACAACUUUAGUGUGAUUUUGAGGCAUUGAAUACCUCGGAAGCUAGUACUUCCAAAUAAACCUGUUGGAUUAUAACAUGGUGUGAGAGAUUUUUAACUUUGUGUAGGUGAAGCACACUGGUAGAAUACCUGUUAAGGCUGCAAAUACAUGUAACACCAUUUUAUUGUGUUUAGUGAUCAUAUCAAUAGAACUAACUAAAUAUUAAUCUCAAAUAAAAAUUAAUCCAAUCCAGUAAUCACUAACAUAAUUACUCUUUAUUUUAACCUAUUUUUAAGUAAUUUCAGCAUCUAAAUUUUACUGUUUUAUCUAAAAUGUUACUUCUACAAUUGAAAAUAAGAAACAUAAAGUAUCACUUCUUUUACAUUACCAGCAGAUAAUAUAGAUCCCAUGUUAAUAAUUUGUAAAUGCGAAUUAGCAUCAGCGCAACUGGCGAGUUCACACAUUUGUAGAACGUGAGCCUUCCUGACCUGUAUUGGCUAUGAGGCAAUUCCAGCCCCAUUAGUUUAAAUGGCACAGCUAUUGCACGAUUUCCUUAUAACACGGCAUUGCACAAGAAUGGAACUAUCACAUUAUAUCAGAACCGACGACUAUAGUAGAGAGAGAAUAUCGUCCUUAGAAUAUACUAAGGAGGGAGAAAUGGCUUUAGACAUCCACAUUAUUUUUCAAAUUGUCUAUAGUUUGCAAUUAAGCUAAUUACAAGCAUCUUAAUAGAGUGAAAGUAUUUGCUAUAAUUAGAUAUUUUAAAAAUGCAAUUGUUGAGCAUUCCUUUGAUUUAACGAGUAUAUGGGUGGCAUAGCAUAGUGGGCUGGAAACUGCACUAUAUCUUGCAUCACGUCAAUAUUUACAUACAUUUGGCAGCACUGUGUAGGCCUGAGGCAUGCAGCCACUAAUGUUUACCAUUUUGCAGAUUUCUAUGUUAUUUUAUUUUGCUGUUAAGCGGACAUGCAGAUAUACAAAAUAAAAAAUCGAACUUUUAAAA